GCAGCAGCAGGAGCAGCAGGAGGAGCAGCAGCAGGAGCAGGAGCAGCAGGAUCAGCAGCAGGAGCAGGAGCAGCAGGAGCCGACGCCACCACCAUGAGCGUGAUCGACUACGUGCGGGAGAUGCACGCUGCGGGCCUGCACUCGAACGUGCGGCUCAUGAGCAGCCUGCUCAUCACGUUCAGCGACAACAACCCCGAGCUGCUGUCCCCCGGCGCGCACUACCAACUGCUGGUGUACCACGCGGACGCGCUGCACGCCGAGCGCGAAUUCCGCAAGGCGGAGGCCACCUACCGCCAGGCGCUGCAGCAGAAGAAGUUCCUCGGCAAGUGUGUACGGGUUCGAUCCGGGGCCGCAGCUCCCCCACCGCCACAGGGGCUUCCGUCAGAGCUGGAGGUGAAAUACAAGCUGGCCGAUUGCUACAUGAACCUGCGUCAAGAUAAGGACGCCAUCGCCGUGCUGGACACGGUGCCUGCCAAGCAGCGCACGCCCAAGAUCAACAUGACCCUCGCGGGGCUCUAUCGCAAGACCGGGCAGGAGCGGUCGGCCAUCACCUGCUACAAGGAGGUGCUGCGGCAGUGUCCAUUAGCCCUGGAGGCCAUCCUGGGCCUGCUGUCGCUGUCGGUGAAGGGCGCGGAGGUGGCGUCGCUCACGGUCAACACGCUGCAGGCCAUGCCCUCGCUCGAGUGGCUCUCCAUGUGGAUCAAGGCGUACGCGUUCGCCUACGCGCGCGACUACCCGCGAGCCAUCACCACCUUCUGCUCUCUGGACAAGCGCAUGCUCCUCAAGGACAACGUGGAUCUGCUCACGAGCCUGGCGCGCACGUACUUCCGCAGUGGAGACAAGAAGAACGCCAUCGCGCGAUUCCAACAAGCGCAGAUCCUCGACCCGUACCUCAUCAAAAGCUUAGACCUCUAUGGGUACCUCCUGGCCAAGGAACGUCGCUUGGAGGAGCUGGAGAAGCUGGGAGUGAGACUCUUCGGCAUCUCGGACCAGCAGGCGGAGCCCUGGGUCGUCAUGGGCUACUACUGCUACAAGACGAAGAAGCACACGCGCGCCGUGUACCUGGCAGCAAAGGCGAUCCAGCUCAACGGGGGCUGCGUGCAGGCGCUGCUGCUCAAAGGCUCCGCGCUGCGCGCCAUGGGCAAGCUGCACGAGGCCGUGCUGCAUUUCCGCGAGGCUCAGCGGCUCGCGCCCAACCGCCUCGACUGCUACGAGGGCCUGGUGGAGUGCUACCUGUCACUGCAGCGCACGCGCGACGCGCUCAACCUGGCGAACGCGGCGUGCAAGGCGCUGGGCUGCACGGCGCCCGUGCUCACCAUGUACGCCUGCGUGUGGCUGCACGAGGCCAGCGGCACCGACAAGGCCCACGGACUCAUCGACCGCGCGCUUGCUCAGCAGCCGGAUCUCAUCAAGGCGGUCAUCAUGAAGGCCGAGCUGCUGCGUCGAGAUCAGAAGUGUGAAGAGGCCAUGGCGCUGGUGAGAGCGGCACUGACGAACCGCAGCGUGGGAAUCUUACACCGCAUCCUCGGGGACUUCUUGGCGGCCAUCAACAACACACAGGAAGCCAUGGACCAGUACAGCAUCGCACUGAGCCUGGAUCGGAGUGACAGCAGGGCACUGGAGGGGAUGCAGCGGCUGGAGCGGGAGGAGGGGGGCGGCGGCGCGGAGGGGGUGUCGGGGGAGGACGACGGGGACGACGUGGAGGGGAUCAGCGGGGAGGACGGCGAGGGGGAGCUCGAGGUCAGCGACACCGAGACGGCGCCCUGGGCCGAGCACGAGCAGUGGUUCGGCAUGCAGUGACACGCGAUAAUGAGAGGCCCCUUUCCGAAAGCGGAGCUUGGAGUGAGAGAGCACGCGGGGAAACGCGCUCGACAUUCGGUGCAGCCAUCGACGACCGCUUUGCGGCGUCGUCGUCGUCGGCGGCAUGUAAUUCGCGGUGGCGUUCUUCACUUGACGUGAAAACGGUGGGCGCUGUGGUCACCGACCUCGACCACUCGGCGGGCUUCGGGGAGAGGUUGAACCGUCGUCGGUUCUUAUACGAAGUGACCCUGCGGAUGGGGUGGGUUUGGGGGGGGGGGGAAAUAUGCUGCGGAGUUGUGACGCUUAACCGGGGGCGGGAUCACUGUAAUUGCUCUGCAGUGUUGUCACCUUUCCUGUCGAGAUAUGAGUGCACUUUAAAAACCAACCCUCGGGGCCAUCGGCAACGUCCGUUGUGGGCGCGAUGGAUAAUAAACAUUUGAGAAUCGCGGCUGUACUGCCACGGAGAUCGCCGCAUUCUCCGGGAUGGAUUAUAAGACGCUCCAGAUGAAAGUCAGACGCAACGCCCGACUAUUAUUAACCGGGCGUCAAUGAAAUUGGACACAUCUGAUCAUGCGCAUGCGUAGGAUGCACCCACCUCCCCUCGCCGCCAAGAUUUGCACGAAAACACGGGGAGGGUGGUGGUGGGGUGGGGGAGGAAAUGUGUGUGUGUUGUAAUCCGGAGAAUGUGGCGAAAAGGGUAAACUGAACGGCUGGCCAAUCGUGCCGAUCGCAUCCAAAUUGAAACGCACCACUUAUUGGGAGCGAUGGCUUAGGGGGUUUAAAAAACGCCCUCCUUCCUCACUCGCUCGCUCUCUCUCCCCACCCCUGCCCAUCGGAUCAAAGUGUCGCACGCACGCACACGAAGAAGCUGUGCGGGGGUUUCUGUUUUUUUUUUACAAAAAGGAAGUGCGGAGUGCUGCCUUGUUACCGUGCUGUUUUCUUCGUGUCGUUUGAAACCCUGGCCGGUCGCUGCGCCGUUUGUUGCAUCUGAAACCGCGAGUUACACGUUGGUAUACUGAAAUUAAUGUCCGUGUAAUAAAUUCCUUUUUAUCGCUU